CAUGAACAUAUUAUAGUCCCUAAAACUACAAGGUUGGUAAUAUAUUAAUUUUAAGAAAGGAGUUAAAAUAAAGAUUUUCUUAAUUGACAAUCCAUAUAUCUCUGCUUGAUACAUACUUUUCCCAUUUGGGCACUCCUUUUAUGAAAACCUUACAUGAAUUGGGAUUGACUUUAGAAUGGAUUGGGUGGUUUUAGCAAAAAAUUGUCGAGUAAACCGGCUUGAAAAGAAAUCUGAUAUUUCUUUUGUAUGCCAACAUGAAAAUAUUUUGGUGCUAGGCCAAUCUUCUGGCCAAAUUUUAGUAUUCAAAGUACAGGAGAAUGGAGACCUUGUUUUUAUACAACAACUUUUAUAUCAUAAACAUCCUAUUAGCUCGGUGCUUUGUUUUCCCUUCGAAGUUGACGGACUUGUUGACCUAGCAGUUCUUAGUUUGGAUGAGUCAGGGUUGUUAUGCCAAUGGCUUUUGAAAUCCUGCAAAUGUCGUGCAAAGCUUCAAAUUCAUAAUGGCCUUUGCCUACAACUGUUUUUGCUAAAUACCAACUAUGUUUGUGUUUGCGGCACCUACUUGUCCAUUUACAUUAUUCAACUAUCAAAUUUUCAUAUUGUUGGUAAUUGGAUGAAUCAUGAUAACUGGCCUAUUAUGUUUUCCCACAGUGUAAAAUCAAAUUAUAUUCCGGUUGGCUAUAUCGACGGGUCUAUUUCUCUGUGGUCUUUAAAUUGGUCUUCCUUGGAAUUUGAGAAAAAACUAACUUAUAAACCAUCUUCUUUUACGAGACUUGGAAACCUGAUUUCUAUUCAUUAUGCUAAAGAAUUAUCCAAAGACCUCUAUAUAUUUGUCUAUGAUUCAGGGAUAUCUGUGGUCCGUGAUUUACAAAAAUGUGAGUGUUACUACUACAAAGAACAGGUUACUUCGAUUUUACUGCUAAAGACGGGUGCAAUUUGCCUUUUCACUCUUUCUGAUAUGUUUCUGCUCAAAUUUUCCUCAGCUCCCGUCCCCGAACUACAUGUAGUUAAUUCUUUUUCCGGAAAUUAUCCAUGGAAAUCUACCCUUAUUUACAACGAGGAGCCUGUGAUCAUACGUAAGUGCUCUUCUAAAGUUAUUCUUGAAUGGGUAGUAAGUAAUGAUCAGCGAUAUUUCCUUUUGAGUCCUUCUCUUCAUCAGAAAGCUAUUACAUUCGCCUACUGUUAUAAUCUAAACUUAAUUUUGGGAGAAACCACAGGCUUGGUCAUGUACUCCCUUUUUGACUGGUACCUGCACAAUGAUCCCUUUCCGAUUGACUCCUUUCCAAAUGUGAAAGGGCUGGUAACCUAUAUGAAAAUCUUUGAAAAUGAUCCUUCUAGCAUCGUGUUAAUUGUGACCACGAAAGAAGGAAAUGGUUAUUUUUACAAACAGUUGGAUCAAGAACGGUGGCAGUUUAUUUGUGAACGUACUUUAAACUCAUUAUACGUCGUGAAUGUGGUUUACUUAAAGAAAGUUAUGGCUUCUAAACAAAGCGGAAUAUAUGUUUCCGUCGGCUUGGAUGGAUCUCUAACUGCAAUCGAUGAGCUAUAUAAUAUUCUAGGAUUUCUACCUUCUGAUGGAGCUCAUGCUGAAGUUAUUCAUUGUAUCCACGGUUCCGAUUGUAUUUUUGUCUCCUAUGAUAAUUUUCAGUCAGUACUAUGGGAAAUUCUAAAGCAAGAAGUGCGUGAAGUGAAGUAUAACCCCGCCAUGGAUGCAUCCUUCAUAUCAGUUAAUCUCCGAGAGAAUUGCAGUUCAGUAACAGCUAAUCGAGGCACGUACUCUAUGAUGACAGAUGACCUUUUGGUCACCUUUAUAAAUACUAAAGCGCUGGUUAAUGAUCUUGACUUUUCCAAUGAAAGCUACAUUGAGAAAUCUUGCAUUGACGAAUUUCUGGAUUUCAUCCAACCCCCGUUCUUGAAUUCUGAAAAUGAAGACGAUACACUAUACCAUCUCAAUUCUAUCAAUCAACCGUGGAUACAUCUUGGUGUGGGAAAACCAGAUGGAAGUGCAAUCAUUAAAUAUAAUUCCUCGAUACAUUCGGUUACUUUUGAUGCACCUUUUUGCUCUGCACUGUUGCUUCAUUUAUACUUUGCAUUGCUUUUGCCUGUGUGCAAAUACGAUGGUUUAAGUGAGAAUCAUAUCAAAGAAGGGACUGUAUUAAAACUUGAAGGAAUCACAUCGACUGAAUACAGUUUAUCUACAUUAGCGUACAUAUGGAGCAAUUCCGAUAUAAACGUUCAAGAAAUUAUUCGAUUUGUGCUACUACGAAUUAGUGAACUCACCCCCUACGAUGAGUUACAAAGAAUAAUACAUUAUUUUUUUGAGUUUUUUUGCUCUUUUGCGGAAAACUACUACUUAAAUUCCGAAGUCGAGCAUUCCUUAUAUGUACUAUCUAUUUUAGCCGGUCUAUAUCCUUCUGCAUUUGACGAUUUUGAACUAAAAACUUUAUCCUCGUAUUUAUUAGAAAAAGCUUCAAAUUAUGAAAAUGAUCAUGUCGCGCUUCGAUUGCUGAGUAAUGGUUUUUCAGUAUAUUCUAAGCACAUUGAUCCCGCAAAACUGAUUUACUACAUGUCAUUAUCGGCAUCUGUCCAUGAGGAAGACCUGAAAGAUCAUAACAGCAUGCUUUUUAGAUCUGUUGUUGACGUUUCCUCUAGCAAUGCCAUCCUUUUAUUAACCUGUUUAUGCAAUGAAAUUUACGACAUAAAUAAACCUAACGUUCGACAGGCUAUUCUGAAAAUCAUGAGACUAGCCAUUGAAAACACAGAGCAAAAUUUUGUCCUGUUCAACCAUUUAGUAACGGAAAAAUUAAUACCAAUCCUGUAUGCUAAUCGUUCUUCAAACGAAGUUACUGAAGUAACGAAAGCUAUAUCCGAGAGGUUCCCCUUUGUAUGUUUUGAUGAAAAAAUUGAAAAAUAUUCAUACAUAGAAAAUGGUUUUUUGACUGUGUAUGACAUUCCAAAAAGAAAGAAAAUCGUUAGUACGGAAUCAGUUGAUGGCGAUUUUCAAUUACUGUCAGCAAACCCAGCUGGCGAAUGUUAUGUUGGCGUCAGCGCUAUGCAAAAAGAAUGUAUUAUUUGGAAAAUGAUGCAUGAGAAUGGAACAUUUUUGAACACGUACAACUCCAGCCUGAAUAUUAUUAAGCGAGUACUUUUGCAGACAAGUUCUGAUAAUGAAAACGACCGUCCUGAAAUUCUUUGGAUUGGCCAGACAUCUGCCGAGAUUCAUGUCGGAAGCACAAUCGCCAUUAUUGAUAUAUAGAAUUAUAAAUUCUUCGUCUACGAAUAAAUCUCGUCCAUGCCACUGAACCAACGAGCAAGUCUCUGAAUUUCUAAGGGCAUAAAUCUUAAUAGCGGCAUGAAACGAACGUAGAGCGGAUAAUAAAACCGCCCGCUAUGAUUAUUAAUUAAGUUUCGUACUAUAAUUUUUGCGAUGUCAUUUGAGUUUAACAGCGGAGCUAAGAAUUUGUUUGGCGUAUCUUUCUCAAACAAUUUUGAUUUAAAUUGGCCAAGCGAGUAUAGAGAGAGUUUUACGGGUGAAUGUAUCUGCUUGAGUUCUACUUCCAACGCUUCAUGUAUAGAUAAUAAAGCAGCCUUUGAACAAGAAUAAGCGGCUAAACCAGUUGUUAAUAGUAAGUUAUGAUACCGUGAUGAAAGUAGGAAAUGCCAUACCGACUCCAGAGGCACUAAAGUACGCCAAAGCAGAUGUUAUGUUGAUGAUAUGAGGAUCCACGGACUUUAGCAGUGAAGAAUAAAACGAUUUAGUAACGUUGGUUUGUCCAAUAGUGUUUACAUGGAUACACCUAGAAUGGUUAGUUGCUUUGCUUGGAUAAGUAUAUCCCGUUGGAUUAACAAACCUUGCUAGCUGCUUACUACUCAUAUCAAGCAAUCUAUUUUUUGGAGCAACAGCUCCUGCAUUAAUGAGAGCGAAUGGCUUCGCAUGAAUAUUUUUCAUAUGUUUCAGACAAAUGUUUACACUUUCUUCAUCUGUGAUAUCACAUAUGAUUGGAAUCACGUCUGGGACGUCAUGAAAAAAGUUUGGAGAAUAUUCAACAUCUAGAGAUAUUACUUUAAGACCAUAGUUGAUGGCUUGCGAAACUAACGAUCGUCCAAGAACACCGUUACCGCCAGUUAUCACUAUUGAAUCACCUAGACGACUAGGAAGGUUUGCUUUCCUAGUAAAACGACGACCAUAUACAGCUACGAGGAACACUAUAAGAAAAGCCCAUAGGUAGGUAGAGUUGAACCAAAGCUCCAUCAUUCGGCAGCAAUAAGAAACUGUAAACAAUCAAACGUUCGUUUUAGAAUAAACCUACUUGAAUAUAGCACGGAAUGAUUCUAUGGUCUCCUCUCUAGUAGUAACAAGUUCUAAAAAAAAAAAACAGAUAUAAAUUGUACGAUCAACC